AUGGACACCCAGCCUUCAGGGCCAGGGGGGAGGGAGGCCAGCACCAGACACCAGGGCCAGGGGGAGGGAGGCCAGCACCAGACACCAGUCACAGGGGAGGGAGGCCAGCACCAGACACCAGUCACAGGGGAGGGAGGCCAGCACCAGACACCAGUCACAGGGGAGGGAGGCCAGCACCAGACACCAGUCACAGGGGAGGGAGGCCAGCACCAGACACCAGUCACAGGGGAGGGAGGCCAGCACCAGACACCAGUCACAGGGGAGGGAGGCCAGCACCAGACACCAGUCACAGGGGAGGGAGGCCAGCACCAGACACCAGUCACAGGGGAGGGAGGCCAGCACCAGACACCAGUCACAGGGGAGGGAGGCCAGCACCAGACACCAGUCACAGGGGAGGGAGGCCAGCACCAGACACCAGUCACAGGGGAGGGAGGCCAGCACCAGACACCAGUCACAGGGGAGGGAGGCCAGCACCAGACACCAGUCACAGGGGAGGGAGGCCAGCACCAGACACCAGUCACAGGGGAGGGAGGCCAGCACCAGACACCAGUCACAGGGGAGGGAGGCCAGCACCAGACACCAGUCACAGGGAGGGAGGCCAGCACCAGACACCAGUCACAGGGGGGGAGGCCAGCACCAGACACCAGUCACAGGGGGGAGGCCAGCACCAGACACCAGUCACAGGGGAGGGAGGCCAGCACCAGACACCAGUCACAGGGGAGGAGGGAGCCAGCACCAGACACCAGGGGGGGAGGGAGGCCAGCACCAGUCACCAGUCACAGGGGAGGGGAGGCCAGACCAGACACCAGUCACAGGGGGGAGGCCAGCACCAGACACCAGUCACAGGGGAGGAGGCCAGCACCAGACACCAGUCACAGGGGAGGGAGGCCAGCACCAGACACCAGGGGAGGGAGGCCAGCACCAGACACCAGGGGAGGAGGGGACCAGCACCAGACACAGGAGGAGGGAGACCAGCACCAGACACCAGGGGAGGGGAGGGAGACCAGCACCAGUCACCAGUCACAGGGGAGGAGGCCAGCACCAGACACCAGUCACAGGGGAGGAGGCCAGCACCAGACACCAGUCACAGGGGAGGAGGCCAGCACCAGACACCAGUCACAGGGGAGGGAGGCCAGACCAGACACCAGUCACAGGGGGAGGAGGCCAGCACCAGACACCAGUCACAGGGGAGGAGGCCAGACCAGCACCAGACACAGGGGGGAGGAGACCAGCACCGGUCACAGGGGAGGAGGCCAGACCAGCACCAGUCACAGGGGGGAGGGAGACCAGCACCAGACACAGGGGGGAGGGAGACCAGCACCAGUCACAGGGGAGGAGGGAGACCAGCACCAGUCAGGGGAGGAGGGAGUCACAGGGGAGGAGGGAGACCAGCACCAGUCACCAGUCACAGGGGAGGAGGGAGACCAGCACCAGUCACCAGUCACAGGGGAGGAGGGAGACCAGCACCGGUCACAGGGGAGGAGGGAGACCAGCACAGGGGAGGAGGGAGACCAGCACCGGACACAGGGGAGGAGGGAGACCAGCACCGGGCACAGGGGAGGAGGGAGACCAGCACCGGGACACAGGGGAGGAGGGAGACCAGCACCUGGCACAGGGGAGGAGGGAGACCAGCACCAGGCACAGGGGAGGAGGGAGACCAGCACCAGACACAGGGGAGGAGGGAGACCAGCACCAGACACAGGGAGGAGGGAGACCAGCACUAGACACAGGGAGGAGGGAGACCAGCACCAGACACAGGGGAGGAGGGAGACCAGCACCAGACACAGGGAGGAGGGAGACCAGCACCAGACACAGGGGAGGAGGGAGACCAGCACCAGACACAGGGGAGGAGGGAGACCAGCACCAGACACAGGGGAGGGAGACCAGCAGGUCUGUAAGCCGUCACCUUUCACAGAGUGGAGGAGGUGGGAGGCUGUUACUACCCAUUGA